AGCCUUCCUGGGAAGAUGCAGCCACCCCUGCUCCUGCUCCUGCUGGCCUUCUUCCUACUCCCCGGAGCAGAGGCAGGGGAGAUCAUCAAGGGACAUGAAGCCAAGCCCCACUCCCGACCCUACAUGGCCUACCUUCACGUUAAAAAGGAGAAGGGGGAAUCCAUGUGUGGUGGUUUCCUUGUACAAAAGAACUUUGUUCUGACAGCUGCUCACUGCAAUGGAAGGUCAAUCAAUGUCACCCUGGGAGCCCAUAACAUCAAAAAGCAAGAGAAGACCCAGCAGUACUUCCUGGUAAAAAGAGCCAUCCCCCACCCAGACUAUAAUCCUAAGAACUACUCCAACGACAUUAUGUUACUGCAGCUGGAGAGAAACAUCAAGCAAACUGGUGCUGUGAAGCCCCUCCAACUGCCCAGGGGCCGGAACAGGUUGAGGCCAGGACAGAAGUGCACUGUGGCCGGCUGGGGGAAGGUCUCCCUAUGGGGCACAUACUCAGACACUCUGCAGGAGGUACAGCUGACCUUGCAAAAGGAUUGGGAGUGUGAAGGCCGCUUCCGCCGUUAUUACAACCGGACCAUUCAACUGUGUGUGGGGGAUCCAACAGAAAAUAAGGCUUCCUUCCAGGGGGACUCCGGGGGACCUCUCCUGUGUAAAAAUGAGAUCCAGGGCAUUGUCUCCUAUGGACGCAAUGAUGGGACACCACCACGAGCCUACACCAAAGUCGCCAGUUUCCUUCCCUGGAUAAGAGAGACCAUGAAAAGUCUCCAAUUGCAGGACCCAGACUAUCCUCUCUGGAGCUAAUCGAGGAUCACACUGCUGGGAGGGAGGUGGUGCCAGCAACUGAAUAAAUGUCUC